GCGGGGUCUGCUGAACCAAUCCAGUAUUUCGCAUUUCAUCUUGUUAAUUCACCUCCUUCACUUCACCAAACUACACACAUACAAACCAUCAGCAACUCAAAAGACAGCACCUCCAAAAUGACAACCCCCUACGAAAAAGCCCUCUACCAAAUCGACCAAGCCCACUCCGAAGACCCCCACCGAAUCCCCUACCCAAACGCCUCCCAACUCACAUCACAACAAGAUGAAAUCCAAGAAAACGAAACAAUCCCUUACGAGCUCCACUACGCCACCAAAAUGACCCAGUACCUCGAUAAACGCCAGCCGCACGCAUCCGAUCUCCUCCGUCUCGCUAUCCGCGCUCAACACUUUCGUCGCUGGGAGGUUCCGAGGAAUAGUUACCCGAUGACUAAAAUUGGUUAUCAUUCGUGGAGGAAUUAUCUUGCGAAAAGGCAGGCUGAGCUUGUGGUUGACAUCUGUGUGAAGAGUGGGUAUACAGAGGAAGAGGCGGAGAGGGUCGGGGCUCUGGUUAGGAAGGAGGGAUUGAAGCGGAAUCCUGGAGAGGAGGAUGAAACACAGGUCCUGGAAGAUGUCGCUUGCUUGGUGUUCCUGGAUGAUCAGUUUGACGAUUUUGAGAAGGGAAUCAAAGAUGAAGAGAAGGUGGUUACUAUUCUGAGGAAGACGUGGGUGAAGAUGUCCAGCAAGGGACAGGCGAUGGCAGUUGAGUUGAGUGGGGAGAUGUCGGAGAGGGCGAGGGGAUUGGUGCAGAAGGCUUUGAGUGGUUAAUACUUUUGGUUGGAUUUGGUUCUAUUGUACAUUGAAAAAAGAAAAAGCCCGCCGUGCUAUAUGGUAUAUCAUACAUCCAACACCAAAAACAAGAAAAAACAAGAAAAGCCGAAAAAAAAAAAAAAAA